AAGGUGAGGCCAGCGCUUCAUAACCACCGACAAGCUCGACGGGGUGAAGGAAGCCUCACCCACAGCCCACUCAGCGCAGCUCGAGUCCACCGAUUCUUUGAUCCACGUGGAGGAUGCUGGAACUGCUAUCCUGGUCUCAACGCGGUAGCGUGUGCGGGGGCUUCCGAGUGGGUGGCGGGCGAGUUGAGCAAGACGUACGUCCGCGAGACUAGGUUUCCCGCCGCGGUCGAUCCGUAUGUCAAAGACGCAACCACUGCGCAGCUUGUGUCACCGUAUGCAGGGGACGAACCGAUGUCCGUCAGCGCGGCGAUCCAAUGUUGUGCACUGAAGCUGCCUCCAGGUAUGGAUGACGGCGCGCCUGUGUACUCUGGGAGCCAGUGCCAGCUGCGCAACGCAUCGAGUACGUUGCCGCGCAAGAUGAGCAUGGAGGUCGGCGAGGCAGACACACAUCCGCACUUUACGGUCUUUACUGGAGUUGGCGGCAGUGCGGACAAAGAGGCGCAAAUGCUUGGUCGGACACUCGGGUAUGGGUGGCCGAAGCUUCUGGAGGUGUACGCGAACAGAGUAGCUGAUUCGCCGCCUGACAGCCUUGUGUACGACGAUCGGGUUGUCGUUGUCAUCCACGACAUGUGGUCUGGUAACUUCUGGCACACCUUCCACAACAGGCUCAUCCGGACGUUUGGAACGAUGGCGACCCUUGUAGAUGAGGGCCUCAUCACUUGCAGUGCCGAGAAUCCGCGUGCAUGCGACAUCGCCCGUGACAAGGUUGUCCUCGCCUUGCCGGUCCCACUCACGCCAGUCGGCGACGUCGACUUUGCGGAGCUUCUCGGAGGAGGACAAGAGCUGAUGACCGCCGACAACGUUGUGUAUCGUCGGAUUGUGAUAGGAGCGUCGACGCUUCUCGACGCCAACUCGCGGGUCAUCGAGCCGCGGUCAAUCAUCCUCCUCGGCCACUUUGUCCGGUGGUACAAUCUCCAGCUUGGCGUCGACCGUCCACUCCCAACGAUCUCCAUCGACGAUGCUCUCAAGAGCAAGGAUGUACCGCGGCUUCUCCUCGUGGAGCGGGUUCGCAAGCGGGCAUGGGCCAACCCGCACGAGAUUCUCGACUGGGCCCGUGGGCGCGGCCUGGAGGUCGACACUAUCCAGUUUGAGAUUGCGAGCCAUGCCGAGGUUGUCGACAAGUUGGCCGCCGCCACAAUUGUUGUAGCGGUCUCUGGGGCCGGGCUCACCAACCUCAUCCACAUCACACCAGGCACGGUUGUCAUCGACGUGCUCCCUGUGGCCUCGUUUGGGCUGGAGGAGAAGGUGACGACUGACGUCUGCAUCUUCUCGCAGUUGACCAAUGCGCGGGGCGGAGUCAUGAUCAAGAUUUAUGACUACCACGGCGACAACACAGUCCCCAUCUCGUUUGUCAACCGCGACCACUUUGACGGCGUGCUCAACCAGGCGCUAACACUCGGGAUCCACUCGGCGAUGGCACCGAGUUGGACAUGGGUUAAUGUCCCGCCGGUUGAGUCAGGAGUGUUGAUGGCGCCAGAAGACCUCGGCGAGUUUAUUGCCUCCGGAUUCCCCGGCGCGUCCCGUGAGCAUGCAGACGAGCUCUACGCGUCGUGGCCGCCGUCGAUGGCGGGUAAAGUGUGAGCGGGUGAACCGGCGGGCGGGAUGGCGAUGACGACAUCGGCGACAAUCAAUCGCACCAGGUCA